AACGUGACAUUUAGCUACCCUGGAGCGGACAAGCGCAAGCCGUCGCUGAAGAACGUCAGCCUUCGCAUCGCGCCCGGCGAGACGGUCGCUAUCGUCGGCUCAAACGGAUCAGGCAAGUCUACACUUCUCAAGGUGCUCCUUGGCCUGUAUGAUGGGCAUGAAGGCCUUCAUGGUGAUGUUCAUGUCAACAACACCCACAUCAGCGAUUACGACAUGAGGGGCAUUUACGCGCCAACCGCGGUGGUGAUGCAGGACUUUCAGCGCUACAGUCUUACCCUGCGCGAAAACGUCGGCCUCGGAUCAACUUCCCUUUUGCACGACGACGAAGCUUUGAAGAAGGCUCUUGAGCGCGGUGGAGCCUCGGCAGUCGCCAAACAGAUUGGACUGGACGCUUUAACCGCUCUCAGUGGCGGUCAGUGGCAGCGCGUGGCGCUUGCGCGCGCGUUCAUGGCUGCCCCGCACGCCGACAUGGUGAUGUUCGACGAGGUGAGCAGCCCGCGUUCAAGCUCACAGCAGCCCAGUUCCAAUCUUGACCCGGAGGCGGAGGCCGACCUGUUCAGGGCGCUGCACAGCCUCUCGAGCGCUCAGGAGGGACACCGCACGACGACCAUCUACGUCUCACACCGCAUGCAGACGGUAGGGCGUGCGCAGCGCAUCAUCCUGCUCGAGCACGGCGCCAUCGUUGAGAGCGGCACGCAUGAGAGGAGCUCAUCAAGCGCAAGGGUCGUUACUUUGACCUGUACACGGUGCAGCGCGACGGCUUCAUCUAGAAGGGGAUGCUGGAGGGCGACGUGAGCCAUGAGGGAGGCGUAUGAGAAAGCAGAAGCCGAUGCGUCUGUUGUUACGAUGCCAUAGUCAGUCUGUCAGCCAACGCAUGGAAGAAGGUUCUGUUACCAGUUGUCGCCGCGAUUCUCCCUGCA